GCCAUGUCCGACUCGGCGCCCAGCGCCCAAGCGCUAACCCGCUAAAGUUUCUCCGCGAAAUAGACCGGACGAUCUGGACCCCACUGAGAAGAGCAGCUUUUGAGUGAGAUGGUCCCAGAGGCCUGGAGGAGCGGACUGGUAAGCACCGGGAGAGUGGUGGGAGUUUUGUUCCUGCUUGGUGUCUUGCACAAGGCUUCCGCCGUCAUUCGCUAUGAGAUCUUGGAGGAAAGAGAGAAGGGUUUCACAGUGGGCAACGUGGUGUCGGACUUGGGCUUGGAUCUCCGCAGCCUGUCAGCCGGCAAGCGCCCGGUGGUGUCUCAAGCUAGCAGAAAAUUCUUUGAGGUGAACUGGGAGACCGGAGAGAUGUUCGUGAAUGACCGCCUGGAUCGAGAGGAGCUGUGUGGUACACUGCCCUCCUGCACUGUAAUUCUGGAGUUGAUAGUGGAGAGACCUCUGGAGUUGUUCAGAGCGGAAGUGGUGAUCCUGGACAUUAACGAUAACAAUCCCUCUUUCCCUACCCGGGAAAUGAAAUUGGAGAUUAGCGAGGCCGUGACGCCGGGGACGCGCUUUCCGCUCGAGAGCGCGCACGAUCCCGAUGUGGGCAGCAACUCUUUACAAACCUAUGAGCUGAGCCCAAACGAAUACUUUGCGCUGCGAGUGCAGACGCGGGAGGAUAACACAAAGUACGCGGAACUGGUGCUGGAGCGCGCCCUGGAUUGGGAGCGAGAAUCAAGUAUCCAGCUGGUGCUGACGGCUUUGGACGGAGGGACCCCAGCUCGCUCCUCCAGCCUUCCCAUUCUCAUCACUGUAUUAGACGCGAAUGACAAUGCCCCCACCUUCAACCAGUCCUUGUAUCGGGCGCGGGUUCCAGAGGAUUCACCCCCUGGCACUCGCGUGGUGCAAGUCCAUGCGACGGAUCUGGAUGAAGGCCCCAACGGUGAGAUUAUUUACUCCUUCGGCAGCCACAACCGUGCUGGGGUGCAGGAACUAUUCGCCUUAGACCUUGUAACCGGGGUACUGACAAUCAAGGGCCAACUGGAUUUUGAAGACACGAAACUCCACGAGAUUUACAUCCAGGCCAAAGACAAAGGCGCCAAUCCCGAAGGAGCACAUUGCAAAGUUUUGGUAGAGGUUGAGGACGUGAAUGACAAUGCCCCAGAAAUCACAGUCACCUCCGUGUACAGUCCACUUCCCGAAGAUGCCCCUCUAGGAACUGUCAUCGCUUUGCUCAGUGUGACCGAUCUGGAUGCUGGGGAGAACGGGCUGGUGACUUGUGAGGUACCAGCAGGUCUCCCCUUCAGCCUUACUUCUUCCCUCCAGAAUUACUUCACUCUGAAAACCAGUGCAGCUUUGGAUCGGGAGACCAUGGCAGAAUACAACCUCAGCAUCACUGCUCGAGACGCAGGAGUCCCUUCCCUCUCAGCCCUAACGACACUGCGGGUCCAAGUGUCCGACAUAAACGACAACCCUCCACAAUCUGCUCAAUCUUCCUAUGACGUUUAUGUUGAGGAAAAUAACCUCCCUGGGGUUCCCAUACUAAAUCUAAGUGUCUGGGACCCAGAUGCCCCACAGAAUGCUCACCUUUCUUUCUUUCUGCUGGAGCAAGGAGUUGAGACAGGGCUAGUGGAUCGCUAUUUCACGAUAAAUCGUGACAGUGGCGUUGUGACAUCCUUAGUGCCCCUGGACUACGAGGAUCGACGAGAGUUCCAAUUAACAGCUCACAUCAGCGAUGGCGGUUUCCCAAUCCUGACCACCAACAUCAGUGUAAACAUAUUUGUCACGGACCGCAAUGAUAAUGCCCCUCAAAUCCUAUACCCCCGACCAGGCAGGAGCUCCGUAGAGAUGCUGCCUCGAGGAACCGCUGCAGGUCACAUGGUUACACGGGUGGUAGGCUGGGACGCGGAUGCAGGGCACAAUGCCUGGCUUUCCUACAGUCUCUUGGGAGCCCCCAACCAGAGCCUUUUUGCUGUGGGGCUUCACACGGGUCAAGUCAGCACUGCACGCCCAGUCCAGGACACAGAUUUGCCCAAGCAAACUCUCACGGUCUUGAUCACAGACAAUGGGGAGCCAUCACUGUCCACCACCGCUACCUUGACUGUGUCAGUAACGGAGGAAUCUCCAGAGGCUCGGGCGGAGUUCCCCUCGGGCUCUGACCCAAGGGAGCAGAAUAAAAAUCUCACCUUUUAUCUACUUCUCGCUCUAAUCCUGGUCUCCGUGGGGUUUGCAGUCACGGUCUUGGGAAUGAUCAUAUUCAAAGUUUACAAGUGGAAGCAGUCCAGGGACCUAUACCGAGGCCCCGUGAGCUCCUUGUACCGAACACCAGGGCCCUCCUUGCACGUGGAUGCAGUGCGCGGAGGCCUGAUACCACCUCACCUCUACCAUCAGGUGUACCUCACCACAGAUUCCCGCCGCAGUGACCCCCUGCUGAAGAAACCCAAUGCUUCCAGCCCACUGGCCAGUCGCCAAAACACACUGAGGAGCUGCGAUCCAGUGUUUUAUAGGCAGGUGUUGGGUGCAGAGAGCGCCCCUCCAGGACAGGUAAGGGCAAGUCAGCCCUCAACUGCAUUAAUGCUUUUUGAUGUCUGCACCAUGAAUGAAGAUUACAGCUUGCAGGAACCGCUGUCUGCCAAUCGGGUGGUGAAAGGCAGACAAAUCUACCCCGCCACAAGCAAAAAACGGCGCGUAACCCUUGCAGCGCCGGCCGAGCCGCGCCAGAACUGGCGCGGGGAAAGGGAGAUCGGUGUCUCCAGCUGCUGUGGCCGUUUGGGGCGGGUCGCCUUCUUCGGCUUCAGAGGCAGUAGGUAG